AUGAGGAAACUUACAAAGAUCACCAACACUUAUUUUGUGGCCCUGGUGGCCACAGUCGGUGGUAUGCUCUUUGGUUUCGAUAUCUCGUCUAUCGCUGCGCUCGUCAUUCGGCCCCAGUACAUCGAGUAUUUUGACAACCCUAGCGGUGUUAGACAGGGAGCCAUUGGAUCUGCUCUUGCUGCUGGAUCUGUGUUUGGCAGUCUGAUUGCCGGUCCCAUCUCUGACAAAUGGGGUCGCCGUGACAGGUAUAACGUUACCCCAGGCGUGAACUCCUGGCCCAUUGCUAACACACUCCAGGUCGCCGUCAACGGAUUUGGCAUGCUUGUGGCUGGUCGCUUCCUUAACGGGGUCUGCGUUGGUAUCACUUCUUCUCAGGUUCCUGUGUACUUGGCCGAGAUUGCCAAGAGAGAACGUCGUGGACGUAUCAUCAUAAUCCAGCAGUUGGCUAUUGAGUACUUCAUUGGCUACGGCUGCGGUUUUAUUCCUGGAACUGCGUCUUUCAGGACCGCAUGGGGGACCCAGUUCAUUCCCUGUGUUGUCCUUAUGAUCGGCCUUCCCUUCCUCCCUCGUUCUCCCCGCUGGCUGGCCAAGGUUGGCCGCGAGGAGGAGGCCAUCCAGACUCUGGCAGACAUCCAAGCCAGAGGAGACAGAAAUAAUGCCCUAGUAAUCGCCGAAUGGAGAGAAAUCUCCGAGACCUUGGCUGCCGAGCGUGAAGCUGGCGGAGGUUGGCGCAAGUUCUUCAAGAACGGGAUGUGGAAGAGAACAAUGGCUGGACUUUCUGUUCAAGCCUGGCAACAGAUGAGUGGGGCCAACGUGAUAGUCUAUUACAUGACGUACGUCUUCCAGAUGGCCAAUCUUCAGGGCAACGUCAACCUCAUCGCCUCGGGUGUCCAGUAUGCACUCUUUAUCCUGUUCACAUCAAUCAUGUUCCCAUUCAUCGACAAGACUGGACGACGCACACUUCUGGUUUGGGGUUCGAUCGGUAUGGCGGUGUGUCACUUUAUCGUUGCUGCGAUGCUCGGUGCCUACUCGGUGCCCGUUCCCGGAGGUGUUGAAGGCAAUGCCAAUGUGGUGAUGAGAGUCACUGGCUCCCCGGCCUAUACCGUUAUCGCAUUCAGCUAUCUCUUGAUCAUUGUCUACGCACUCACGCUGGCUCCUGUGGCAUGGAUUUACGCAGCCGAGGUUUGGUCUACAGGCACUCGAGCGACGGGUAUGGCCAUGGCAGCCGAGGCCAACUGGCUCUUCAACUUUGCUCUUGGAAUGUUCACUCCCCCGGGAUUUAAGAACAUUCAGUACAAAAUCUUCAUCAUCUUUGGUGUUUUGUGCAUCGGAUCGGCUGUCCAGGCCUACUUUACAUACCCCGAGACAUGCGGCAAGACAAUCGAAGAAGUAGAAGAGCUCUUCAAGAAGGGAGCACCCCCAGCAUGGAAGACGAAGAAGGGAGAGUCUCGUCUGAUCGCGCAGGUGGAAGCCGUACAGGAAGCCAAAGACCAUGGCAAAUUGGACGAGGUUUUGGGGGAUACACCUCUUCCAGGUACCACCGGAGAGAAGGGCGUGACGGACACUGCCGGGCGUGUGAAUUGA